UCGUCUCUCUUACAUCCUUUUUUCCAGGGGUAGGUUUUUUCUGUGCACAAAACAUUUGAGGAGAAGGAGACGACGAGAGCUCUGAAACUGAAAUACAGAGAAGGAAGCUUCAAAACUUUGAAGGAGUGGAAUCUGAUUUUACUCAGUUGAUGGGAGCUUAGUCUUUCUAGCUUGCAUUAAUGGAUAAACCCAGGGAAGCUCGAAGAUCAACGACAAACAUGGCUGCAUCAAACGGAGUUACUAAACGGAGGCAGAGAAUCUCAGAAAACAGUCGUGAGCAGAUGCAUCAGGAGGUGGCGACGGUGAGAGAUCGACCGGGGAAGAAAGAGCGAGAUCCGGAAUCGUUCAAUCGGAGUAAGAGGAGAAGAAGCGAGAGGUUCGCGCCGAGGAACGAGAGAGAUGUGGAAGAAGAUAGCUCGGAUGAGAGUCAAGGAGACGACGAUUAUCAUCAGAGGAAGAGCUUCUCGUCGGGUCGAAUCCCCAGGCAUGCGGCGUCUUUGAUGGUCGCCGAUGAAAUGAUCGGCGUACCUGUCCCGAGAAAGGCUCGCUCAGCAUGUUUAAAGAGGUCGCAUGACUGCCGGACUUCGUCGGGAAGCCAUAGCUGCGAAGUCGUUUCACCGUCUUCUUCAACUCUUUCCGUCAAAGAGAGAAAGAUUGUAAACGGAUCCAAAUCCCGGAUACCCAAACCACCGAAAUCCUCCGGCACGGUUGAGGACGACUUGGAGAUCGAAAUAGCAGAGGUUCUCUCCGGAUUGAAAAAGCAGCCUCAUAGCUCAAAGAGAGGAGACGAUUCGGAGAAUUCUCAAAAAUCAUCGGAGGUUAAAGGUAUUAAGCAGUUACCUGCAGGUGUAGAGAUUUGCGGUUUAUUCACUUGUAAAGCGAGAUUCGACUCAGCCAACAUUGAUAAAUCGACCAACGGAGCUAAAACUUCGUUAGUAGUCGCCUCAGAUAUUGUGGAUGAGAAAGAACCAAGGGUAUCAGAGGGUCCACAAUUGGAAAACAACAAAGAUGAGAGUCAUUGUAUUAGUAAGCUCGAUAUUCAUCUCAUGGUUCCUCCAACAUUGCCUUCCUCUUCAGGGAGAGUUUCUCUUCUCCCACUCGUUUCUGAUUAUUGCAAGCGAGAUAGUGCUCUAAAGAGCAAAGAGAAGAUUACUGUCAAGAAUGAGAUGAAUCCAGAAGAAGUCAAACAAAAGAAGGUUGAUAAACGUUACUGGCUGAAUCUUGAUAUAGAGGGGCCGAAUCAAGAGACCGACAGAGACUCUAAUUUAAGAUUACAGAAUUUGGAUUGGAGCCAACCUCAGCAGGCUAAAUCUGCUCCGCACAGUUCAGUCUUACCUUUGCCAGUAGCUGUAGCCAGCUGGCCUAGCGGGGUUCCUCCUCAGGGACAUGUAGCCCUGAUCCAGACCGGUAAACCUGUGGAUGAAAGCAAUGGAUCUUCUAAAUUAGUGCAGGGUGCUCCAAUUUCUGCCUCUCAGCCUAGGCCUAAAAGGUGUGCCACACACUUUUUCAUAGCUCGGAACAUUCAGCUACAUCAGCAUUUCCUCAAAACAAACCAUCUCCCUACACCAAACAAAGGUUCUGUUUAUCUGAAAGGUGGUGACUUGAGGCCAACCGCUGGAAACCCAUCCUUGCAUGGAAGCUCUCCUAUUCUCAGUUUAAACUCCCAACCACACGUUAGAAACGGAGAUAAUAUUUCUGCGCCUAAUGUUAAAGCCUCUGAAAGUGGUCAUUUUGCCUCAACCAGACAGAAUAAACCUCAACCACCCCCUGCAUCAAUUAGUGUAGUGCCUGCUCCAGCUUUUAUCUACCCCGCAAACCACCAUUUGCAACCAGUCAUGGUACCUUCUAAAUCAUCUCGCCCAACCAAGAGCCCCCAUUUGGCUGUUGGUUUAGCAUCUGCUAACUUCAGCCAUCCAAGUUCAUCAGCCAGCGAAGUUUCUUCUCCAUACUUAACAGUUAUUCCAAACAAUGCAUAUUCCUUUCAACUGUCAUCAACCAUCAGAGGUGGGACUCCAAGCCAGGCGGUGCCUUUCUACAAUGGGUCUUUUUACUCGCCUCAGAUGUUCCAACAACCUCCUCAGCCUCUGCAGAGACAGAGUCAAGCCCAGAGGGAGUCAAAGGCAUCAAGCUGUUCCUCAUCUUCCCACAGGCAACCGCAAGUUAGUGUGAAUAGUCUUUCAAGCCAAGCUAAUGUUCAGCAACACCGUCAAAUGUCACAAAAGUUUGAGGUAGCUGGAGUUAACACUGAUUCAAGGGGUAGCCACACUCAGAAAGGAGGCCCAUUUGGCCAGAUCAUGGCAGCCCCUGUUCAGCCACAAAACUUUUCCAUGUCGUUUGCGUCUAUCGCCAGCAGUGCUCCCCCUGCAACUCUGAAUUUUUCCUCCAAUGGCUAUCACAUCUCUACACCUCCUGGUGUUGCUCACCAGAAAAACCAUCAAUCAAGUGAGGCAAAGACUGGAGGUGGAAGCUGUUCAAGCAAUGCCGAAGACCCGAAAAAGAAUCUUCAAGGGAAGCCUCAAGGGAUGAUGAAUGGACAUACGCUGGUUUUUGACAAUCCAUCGAGAACCCUCAACUUUGUUUCUGGUACUUGGCCUCCUCCUGCAGCAACAGCAAUAAACGGAGACCCUUCAGUGUUUACGCAGCAUCUCACGCAGAGGCAGCAGCAAUCUGGUCGGAGUAAAAUGAUGAUGACUCAUUCGCAGGCUGACUCUGUUUCUGCCACGUCAUCCCAGUGGAAAAACCCUGCAACCUCAUCAUCACUCACGUCGUGUACUUCCUUAAACCUCAAGCAGUUCCAGUCGCAGCAGCAGAUCAGAACACACGGACAGACACAGAUUUCUUUUGCAGCACCAACAAAUCCGCAGCCUUCUCAGGGGAAACAGGGGAGAUCUGGUGGCUCUUCUCCUUCAGUCACUGGGUCUGCUUCACAUGGCAAACCAGCGAACUCUAAGGUCAGCAAUAGCAAAGCCUUGCUAUUAUCACCUGUUCCUUUGUCACAGGAACACACAGAGAAUCCAGCUUCCGGGUCGACCCAAAAAAACUCUCCCGUUUGUGGAAGGACCGUGCCACCGAUUAUAACUUCGUGCCCUGGUCAUCUGUCCGAGCUUAAGUACUAGUUCCAUCGAAGCAGACGUAUGAAGCCACCAUUUUUGCAGUGUCUAGCUUCGAAUUUAGGCUAUUCCUAGAUGAGGUAAUACCCUAAUGGUUAGUGAAAGUACCUCUUCUCUAGGGAGUGAACGCUUUGGAUCGGUAUCUAAAUUGUUUUAUGUUAUGGGGUCGAUUGUUCUAUCAUUAUGAUUGGUCUGGUAGACUCUAGUGUAGAUAUUUAGACUAACAAAACCC